CUGUUGCUCUCACAAUCAGGUCACUCUCUCUCUCCCUUUCUGUCGUUCUUCUCUUUAUCCCCAGAAAACCUUUGGCACUCAUAUUUCAACGUUUAUUAACCUUUUUCUUAAACUGCAAAAAUGUUUCAGCCAAAACAAAGGAAUCACACAAGUUAGCAAAUCAGAUAAUAAGUAAGUAGUAGUUUUACCUGGACCUUCCCAGGCCCGAUGUGUGUCAAUUCUGCUAUGAAUACCACAGCGUGGGCCCUACUGUACCGUUGGCUACGAGGUCAGGACGGCUGAUCUCCCCAGCAGGGGGGGAUUAACCAAUGAGACUGCUAGGGGUUGAACCGUGCUCGCCGGUUGCUCUGAUCAAACUCAAGAGCUCUGCAGCUCGGCCAAGCGCGCUUUGCCUCACGGGCAAUGUUCAACAAAUUCAAGCGGUUCAUCGGGGCCCCGGAGCUGCCGGCCGAAUCUCCGAUCAGCCCCUCCCGGCUACUCUCUGCUAAACCCGCCGCUGCUGCUGCUGCUGCUGCUGCUCCACCUGCGACGGAGGUGAAGCCUCCAGAAAAGAAAGAGGAAGAGAAGAAAGAUGAACCCAAACCGGCAGCUGAAGCUCCGCCUACUACACCUGCACCAGCCCCAGCACCAGAGCCGACGCCAGCCCCCACCACAGGUCCUGCACCUGCUGCUACUGCCCCAGCACCCACACCGGCCCCAGCAGCCACACCGGCACCCACCCCGGCCCCGGCACCCACACCAGCCGCAGCACCCGCCGGAGCCCCAGUUCUUGCAGAUGGAGUGGCCAUUGAUGAGCCUCCGCCCUCUCGUACGCCCACCCCCCCGCCGGUGGUGUACCAGCGCUUCGUGGACGACACGCUCCGGUACGUCUCCAGGCAGCUGAGGGACCGGGUGGUGAGGUACAAGGAGAAGGUCAUCGACCCCUACGCCACCUCGCCGGAGAUCACCCCGCCUAUCACCCCCCUCCUGAGGACGGCCGACUACAUUAAGCUGAAGGAGGCCGAGCGCGUCGCCAAGGAGGAGGCGGACAAGAAGAAGGCAGAGGAAGCGGCCAAGAAGGCGGAGGACAAGAAGAAGAAGGACGAGGAGAAGCGGCUGGAGGCGGAGCAGAAGGCCGAAGAGGAGAGGCUGGCCGAGGAGGCCAGGAAGGCGGCCAAGUUCCUGCCCGACCUCAGCUGCGCCCCGGUCGACAUGCUGUUCCAACCCGUGGAGGAGAGGCUGGACGGGGUGCUGGGCAACACCAUCGACCCGUUCACCGACCGUCGCUACGUCACCUGGCUGGCUGUUGUGGCGGUGGCCUUCAACUACAACAUCUGGUUCAUCCCUGUUCGCCUCGUCUUCCCAUACCACAACGCCGCCAACAACCCCUACUGGCUCUUCUUCGACGCCCUCGCGGACCUGGUCAACGUAAUCGACAUCAUGGUCUGGCAACCGCGACUGCAGUUUGUCAAAGGGGGCGACAUCGUGAAAGAUAGGAAUCUGAGCAAACCACAUUACCGCUCAUCUUACCGAUUUAAGACUGAUCUCGUGAGCCUCAUCCCAUUCGAUGUGCUGGGCGUCUACUACGGCCUCAGCUCUGUGUUCAGAUUGAACCGGAUCAUAAGGAUUGAAUACUUCUUUGAGUUCAGUGAUCGUCUUGAGAGCAUCAUGGCCAAAGCCUACAUCUGGAGAGUGAUCCGCACCACAGGCUACCUGCUGUACGCCCUGCACAUCAAUGCCUGCCUUUUCUACGUGGCGUCUCUUUACCAGGGCCUGUCCACCACCGAAUGGGUCUACAACGGCGAGGGGAGCGCAUACCUGAGGUGCUACUACUACGCCGUGCGCAGCCUGAUCAACAUCGGGGGGCUCCCGGUGCCGCAGACGGUCUUCGAGAUCACCUUCCAGCUGUGUAACUUCUUCGUGGGCGUCUUCGUGUUCUCCAGUCUGAUUGGACAGAUGAGAGACGUCAUCGGCGCGGCCACGGCGGGCGAGACGUACUUCCGCGCGUCCAUGGACGGCUGUGUGUCCUACAUGAACACCAACAGCAUCCCCAAGUUUGUGCAGAACCGCGUGCGCACCUGGUACAACUACACCUGGGCGGCGCAGGGCAUGCUGGAUGAGUCCGAGCUGCUGGAUAAGAUGCCCCUGGUGAUGAGAAUGGCCAUCGCUGUGGACAUCAACCUGGCCACCUUCCAGAAGAUCGCUCUGUUUCAGGGCUGUGACCAGCAGAUGCUGGUGGACAUGUUACUGAGACUCAAGUCCAUCGUGUAUUUACCUGGAGACUUUGUUGUCAAGAAGGGUGACAUCGGUAAAGAGAUGUACGUCAUCAAAAGCGGUGCAGUGCAGGUGGUGGGAGGACCGGACAACAGCAUAGUGUUUGUCACGCUGAAGGCCGGCUGUGUGUUUGGAGAAAUCAGUCUCCUACAGUCGGCCAAAGAUGGCGGCAACCGACGAACGGCAAACGUGAAAGCUCACGGCUUCGCCAACCUCUUCGUCCUGGAGAAGAAGGAUCUGUUUGACAUCCUGGUGCACUACCCUGAGUCCCAGAAGGUGCUGGCCAGGAAGGGAAAGAAUCUAAUGAAGGCCAAGGGUCCCGUUGCUGCCAAGGGAGUGACGGACAAGAGGGGGCUUUCGUUGUUCGGACCCAAGCCGCCCACACCCAAAAUGCUAAGAGCCUUCGGCCAAGGAGGCCUUCUGGGCAAACUCAAGGUGAAGUAUGGGAGCACAGGGCAUCGUCAACUCACAAUGGUUAUGAUUGAGUUCCAAAUGGGAAUACACCAGUUGAUCAUUGCUAAAACCCGCCCAGUUCAUCCAAAAGGGGUUCAUUUGAGAACAUGCAUUUUUUUAUGUGUGACGUACCUUUCCUCGCUUCACUCCAACAUACACCCACUUAUUUUGUCUGAUUUCAUCAUUACUAUUUGUAUUAUUAUUCAUUAUUUAUUUGGGUUAAAUAAUGAAUAAUUAAGGUAUUGCAUCAAACAUUUUCUAUUCAAACUGAUUUGACUUCUUACUGUUGACGUGUUAAGCGUUCUUUAUCGAGUGGGGAAAAUUGGGACGUUCCGUAUGAAGUUAUUAUUAUCACAUCAUGGCUGAUUUCCGGUCUGUAUUCUCUCCAGGCACUGAGGGCAAAGGAACAGUCCUGAGCAUGCUCAGUUCAUCAGCUCAUCCCUUCCAUUGGCAGAGGUGAUUCGUCAUACACCCUUGUUCCUAUUUUUUUUUUUUUCCACCUUACCUUGUGCUACACACACACACACACACACACACACACACACACACACACACACACACACACACACACACACACACACACACACACACACACACACACACACACACACACACACACACACACACAAAAACUCUUUCUAAACCAAACUAUUUUCCGUGUAGGUGUAGGGGACAUAGGGCCUGGGUUGGGGUCCCUGUAUUAAUUAUGUUCACAAAGCUUUGAUUAGAAGGACCAGAGAUGCUGAUCCAUCCACUUUGAGUCAGCCCUUCAGAUACAUUAUCUCAUGUGCUGAGAGCCAAAUAAUGUCACACUUUUAUUUAUUUAUUUUCGUAUACAAAUAUAUUGAUGUGCUAUCGGUUAAUUAUUUCAUAUGGAUGAAUUUUGUGAAUAGUCUGUUUGAUUAAGGCAUGUAUGUGUUAUAAAUGACCUUUAUAAUAUAACUCGA